GGUAUACAAACGAAAUCAAGUAUUACUACCUAACCUACCGGCUUCCCAUAGUUAUCCAUUUAUCUCUCAUGGUGUAUAUCCCAUCGCUCACUUUUUCUAAUAUAUUCAACGAGACAAGUGAUCACCAUGUCUCUGGCCACCAAUCUCUUAUCACCAAACUUGAGUUGGUCUUCCUCGUCGCCCCUGCCAUUGCCUUCCGUGACGCCACUUCACGUCGACGUUUUUACUUUUCCUCCCGCUGUUGAGUCGCCCGCUUCCCACAAAAAGCUUUUCCUCGGUGGUGCAGGGAUACGAUGGUUUGAUAUUGAAGGCAAGUUCGUGAUCGUCACAGUCAUCGGAGUCUACCUUGAAGCUAUGGCAGGUCCGUCAGUCUCCGUUAAGUGGAAAGGCAAGGAUGCCAAGACGUUAACGGAAUCCGUGCCUUUCUUCCGUCAACUCGUCACAGGUGAGUUUGAGAAAUUCGUAAGGGUGACGAUGAAAGUGAAGUUAACGGGGAUACAAUACUCGGAGAAAGUAGUAGAAUACUGUGAGGAGAUCUUGAAAGCGUCAGGAAAGUACACAAGAUCUGAAGCCAAAGCCAUCCACAAAUUCUUGUUGAUCUUCAAAGACCAAGAUUUCCCUCCAGGCUCUUCAGUCCUCUUCGCUCUCUGCUCAAAAGGCUCCCUCACAGUGAGUGAGCUUGUUUUCUGUUUUCGAGUUUUUGAUAAUUAACGGAGUAAUGAGGGUUUCGUAACUUGUGACUAUAGACGAGAGAGUCCCGAGAAAUGGAAAAGCCGUGAUCAAGAAUAAGUUAUUGGGUGAGGCAGUUCUUGAGUCUAUGAUUGGGAAGAAUGGUGUGUCCCCUGCAACCAGGAAGAGCCUCGCUGAGAGAUUGUCUAAGCUGAUGAGCAACAACGCUCGAUGAAACUAUCAAAGUUCCUACUCAGGAUUAAAAAUUAUCAAGAAAAUAAAGACACCGAAUCGAGGAUGUUCUGCGUUUUAAUAUGAUAACUAAUCUAAAAUGUAAAGAUUGAUGUGAACUUAAUAAUAUGACCAUCUUAAUUA